AUGACUGAGGACGAUCGACAUGACUCCGAUGGUGAUCGAGAGAUGUCUGAUUCCGACUCGGAAAGCGAACUGGAUCCUGCCGAAUACGAAAAGCGACGGGAAUUGUGCCUCCGACAGAUAAUUUUGUCCGAAAUCCAGUUCAACAAACUUAAGAUUAUCUUGAGAGAUUUGAAAAUAAAGCAGUUGAUGAAAAGGCGACAAGACGUGAUCAAUCAAACCGAUCCAGAAUUCUUGGUCAAACACCGCGAGCUUCUCGAAGAAUUUGAAGCCCGAAAUAGGGAAAAGUUGAGGGAGCAGUUAUUGGAUGAGAUUGGGAGAGAACGAGAACGCCAAAUCCAAGAAAGGAUCGUCAAGUCGUAUUUUCUUGGUGAGCCUCACAAUAGUUGGAAUGAACGCUUUGAUAUGAGGACAGAGAGUCCAGACGAAAACCAUCGACCGCGUCCUCCGAAACUACCGCGAUUCAAUAUUCCUAUAAUAAUUCAUCAGCUACCAAAGGAUCAAAUAGAGGCAGGAUAUUCGUUCCGUCGAUUUAGCCAUUUUAAUUUCCGAUAUAAAAGAAGAGGAAGCAGCAAAGGAAAACGCGAAACAUUCUGCAUAACUGCCUCCGUUCACACCUGUAUGUUCCCUCCUUUCAGUCAUAUCUCGAACCACUCCAGUGGUUUUGGUAACCUUUCCCUUCACACGCAUGGUCUGUUCAGUUUUCGAUCUCUCCGAAUGGCGAAUUCGGAGCUGCGGGAGCUGCUCGAUAGGGCCGUUCGAAAGCUCGAUCUACCUUUCGACAAUGAGGAACCGAUCGACAUCACGGAAAGGUUCUUCGAGGAUUGCUCCCGAUUAGCCCUGGGUGAGGUUGUUCGAUAUGACUCAUUUACACUCGGAGAAGCAAUGAGUGCAGUAGAAUUGAUGGACGAGAAAAUGGACAUUGGCAUGAAAAAGGUUACGCGCAAAAUGGGUCUCGAAGAAUCGAUAGCAAAGGGAUUAUAUGAAUCAUCUCUUGGAGAUCAAUUGAUUAUUUACGACGCGACUUUAUGCACGUUCGUUACAUGGCUUGAAGGCAGCUGUAUAGGGCAGACGUUAUGGACAAAUGUCCUGCUCACAGAACCAGAUCGCGUUCGCUUCGAAGAUCAUCCCGUAUUUGCUUGCCUUUCUCAUGGAUUCUAUCAUAUUGUCAUGCUUGUAAAGAGUAUUAUACAGAAUGCGAGCGUUUACGAAGAGGAGGACUUCAAUCCGCAUUUACCGUUUCCUUGCACAUCACGGUACUCAAUGCAUGAGGUUAUUCAGUUGAUGAAGGAUAUUGAACUUGAUCUUGUUCGGAAGUCUGAGGAAUCGGAUAAAAGUGAGGAAAAGACAAAGCUCCUUACGCUCUCCUCUCGUAUAGCGUUUAUGCGAAUAUUUCUUGUUACUCUUACUUUUUUGGUGCCUCCACGAAAAACGGAAGAGUGGCGUUUGGACUCUUCGCAGAUGCCUCCUUUAGAUGCACUAGGCUUUACACCUGAUUUGGAUGCAGCCACGAGCGCAGCAUCAAAACUCAUACUUUUAUCGUCCAAGUUUUUGGACACUUCUAUGCAUGAAGCCACACAGCGACCGAACGGCGUCGAGCGUGACGGUGACUUUUCGUGGUUGGUGGCAUUUGAGCCGGAAUUGAACAGGCAGUAUUUACCGUCCACAUUCCCUCGAAAAAUUGAGAUACUCCCGAGAGAAAAGGCUUUACCACAUCUUCACCGUAUCUCUUGCAAGAUACAUUUUAUGGCUUCGCAGGUAAGAAACAAUCUGGCGGAUUCAACAAGUCUUAUUGAAUUCAUGAAGUGGUUCAGUUACGACGAUAGCUGUGUUCUAACACGAUCAAUAUUACAGAUGGUCAUCUACCCACUCGACGAUAAUGUUUUGGGGACUCAGCCUACUGCGAUUUUUGUGGAAAGGUCUUUGAAGAACUCAGUGCUUCCACUCGCAUUACUUCCACACACUCCUUUGUAUGAUAACGAUGAUUGUCGUAAAGCAGUUGAAGAUUUUACAAUGAACACCACGAGAGUAAUGCUCAGUCUGUACCAAAACUUUGGUUUCAACCUCGCCCGUCAACGAGACAAGCUAGUCAUCAUAUUGGAAGAAUUGAACGAUUUGCAUGAAGAUGCUUGUCGAGCGGAUGCUGUCUCCAGGGAACUUUUGCCUGUUCACAACAAAUACAAUCCUUUCGUCACUUUUGUCUUUACGCAAACUCUAUCACUAGUGGUUUAUCACAUAGAAUUGAGUUUUCGACUUGAUUUGUUUGCGCCGUUUGAAUUCACCUACAUCUAUUGGUUCUAUGGAGAAGUGGUUGGAAGAUGGUACAUGACGUCUAUAGAAAAAACUCGUGAGUUGAUGAGAGAUAGUUUGAAAAAAGAAAGCGAACUAAACGAUCAGGGAAAGAAAAACAAGAAGAAAGUCAGGCCACGCCUACAUUAUGAAGAACAUUUUCGCAUAAGGUCUGCUAUUUGGCAAGACCAACUCAUCUUGAGAUACGGUCACUCGGCGAUGGCGGACGCCACAUUUCAUAUAGCAGUCGCAUUGAUUCAAAUGGGUCAAAUUCGGGUCCCCGUGUGGAACGCGGAGUCAGAGCGGCUCCGUUUUGAGCAUCGCAUGGCGUUUUUAUUAAGCGUUGGUGACCCUCUGCAUGUUACUUAUGAGGAGUUCCUUACACGUAGCAGGGUUCGAGAACUUCUCGAUGGCGAUGUUAAUAUUCCACUUCAACGCGCUAUUGAUACUUUCGAAUUAGCUCGAAAUCAGUUCGAAAAAUUGGUUGAAAGGCCAGAGUUCACGAUACAUGUCAAGCCAUUGAUUUUGGUGUGCCGAACGAACGUCGUGGUCGCGCGUCUGCUGUUAGCCGGUAAUAUGAGACCCUUUCUAUCAUUACUAAGGACGUCGCACCAAAUUGUGCCAUGUUGUACAUCAAUGCGAGCAUGUUCCUCUGCAGCUCAGAUAAAGGCGAAGACUGCCGUUCCUGACAAGGAAACUCUUCAGAAAGCAGCUGUCAGGCCUACUGUGUUGAGCGAAUAUAUAUCACAAGACCUUCAAAUUGAAGACAGCUUCAAACUGGAGUCCCUCGUAACGGUGCCAGAUAUGUUCAAUGCUCGUCUCCAUUUAGGGCAUAAGAUAGGAACAUUGAAUAAUAAUAUGAAAUGGGCCUUAUACGGUGAACGAUUGGGUGUGUGCGUAUUCGAUUUGGAUAUCGCCCGAACUCAUCUCAUUAGAGCGUUAAAUUUCAUAGCACAUGUUGCAAUGCGAGGUGGGUUAAUUCUUUUCAUAACCACUAAUCGUGACACGAUGUUUGCUGUGGAGAAGACGGCUGAGGAGUGUGGACAAUAUUCCCAUGUACGUCGCUGGCAAGACGGAACAUUGACAAAUACGCGGCAACUUUUUGGAGCAACCAUUCGUCUCCCAGACGCAAUCAUUUUUAUGAAUACCUUAACUUCAGUUUCUGUUAACCACCCUGCUAUUAUAGAAGCCGCCAAAAUGACGAUACCCACAGUCGGUGUUGUGGACAGUAAUUCCGAUCCAGCAUAUCUCACAUAUAUGGUACCAGCCAACGAUGAUAGCCCUCAGAGUGUAGAAUACUUGUUAAGGUUGUUCAAGGAAGCUAUAAUGCUGAUGCUGGGUCGUAUUCUGCCUUCAUUUGCCUUAGCAUCUCCCAUCAGAUGUGUUGUUAAUUUUUCCACCGCUGCUGGUGAUACCAUUACUCGAUCAGAAGCGAGUUCAUCCGUGACUACCCAGAGACCACUCCCGAAACUCUCGAACAGUCCUUUUGUGGAGAUUCCGCAGGCGUGGGUGACAUCUUUCGAUGCAAUUGAAGAGCGUAAACUAGAUCUCAUUGAUCUUCAUCCAGAUAUAUUCCGAGCUAGACCACGACUGGAUCUGUUACACAGGAACCUGACUUGGCAGUCAGUGUACCGCAACGUGCAACUAACGAAGCAACUCAGCCGUGCAGAAAUGCCUGGGGGAGGUCGCAAACCGUGGCCGCAAAAGAAAACCGGACGCGCUCAUGUUGGUUCCAUACGUUCCCCACAAUUCUCUCACGGCGGUUUCGCCAAUGGCGUUCGUGGACCACGUACUUGGUUUUACAUUUUGCCUGAUGCGAUCAGGUUGAAAGGUCAGUUGCUCGGUUCAUUUUGGUGUGUUCUUUGCGCGUGUUGA